AGUUAACAGCAGAAAAUUAGUACUCAGGAAAUGAAAUGAGUUUACAACAUGACAGCAUCUUAUUCAAACACUAAAGGGAAUGCAAUAUGCUCGAAGAUUUGUUUGGUAUAUGCAUUCUGAAACUACCACAAUACAGAUUUCUAAGGGCUGCCCAUGAGAUUUCAGAAAACAGGGGCACCCAUGCUGAACGCUUAGAAAGACUGAGAAGCAAGGGGUAUGUAUGUAGCACAAACUGCCAGAGAUUGGGAGUUCAAUGUCCGGCCUAUAAAACUCGAUUGGAGAGACUGAGGGAAGCAAGUGAACAAAAUAUGUGCUGAAAGUCUGAGAAGACAAGCAGAAGCACUGAGCAGACUUACUUGAGAAAUCAUGUCUGAGACGGGGGAUACAAACACGUCUUUUUGCCAAGUAAAUGAUAACUACAAACACAAAGUUUAUGCAGCUGUUUACAGUAUUGUAUUCACAGUUGGCUUUUGUUGCAAUAUUCUAGCCCUUUAUGUAUUCUACAAAUUUGCCAAAAGGAAGAGUGCAACGACGGUUUAUCUCAUUAGCCUUGCAAUGGCUGACUUACUCCUCAUUAUAAGCCUGCCAUUUCGGAUUGCAUAUUUCCAUAGCGGUGGUGUCUGGAUCUUCGGUGAUGUCAUUUGUCGAGUAUGUACCUUUCUGUUGUACUUUAGCAUGUACACCAGCAUUUAUUUGUUGACUUGCAUAAGUGUUUCUCGAUGUCUAAUAGUGAUUCGCCUUAACAUUUUAAGGCCCAGAAAGAUCUUAAUUAUAUGUGCUGCUGUGUGGCUGUUUGUAGGUGCUUCUACAAUACCUUUCACUUUUCUUGGUACUCAAGUCCGUGAUAACAUAACAAGAUGUUUUGAACCCUCAGGUGAAAAGUUGUGGACCAGUGUUUUCUAUAUGAACUAUUAUGCAUUUAUAAUUGGGUUCAUAAUUCCAUUUAUAAUGAUAAUAACUAGCUAUGGGAUAAUAAUAAAGCAAAUGAUGAAAACUGAUAGAUCAAAAAGGAAGAAUAGAAAAGACAAAGCCAUGAUUAUCCUCAUUCCUGCCACCUUUUGUCUUUGUUUUUUGCCUUACCAUAUCCAGAGAACAGUACACCUCCAUUACUUUUUCUAUCACAGAAAGACCUGUGAAAUCCAUGAGGCUCUAGAGAAAUCAGUUGUGGCUACCUUGUGUUUAGCUGUAGCAAACUGCUGCUUUGACCCAUUGUUGUAUGUCUUUUUGGGUCAAGGGUUUAGAAGAUUAUGGAAACCACUGUUAUGUCGCACUGCUGAAAUUUCACAGGCAUCAUCAUCUAGUGGCAAUAAUAACCAAACUGUGGUUAACACAACUGUUGCUGCAGACACUGAAAUGACCCCCUUGUAGUAAUCUACAGUGGUCACUUUUUGAAUGGGACAAUUUUAUUUGUGACUUAAAUGAACAGAGCAGACAUUCUGAAGGGACACUAGGGGAUAGGUAAGAUGUGUGUGUGUGUGUGUGUGUGUGUGUGUGUGUGUGUGUGUGUGUGUGUGUGUGUGUGUGUGUGUGUGUGCGUGUGCAUGGGUGAAUGGAUCGAUGUGUGCAUAAGUGCAAUCAGGUUAGGGGAUAUCUGAUGUAUGGUAUGUGUGUGUGUUUUUGUGGUGUUGUCUGUCAGAGUGUGUGUGCAUUUAUGUGACUGGUGAUGUCUGUCGGUGUAAGUGUCUAUGCAUGUGUAUGAAGGAGGAAGGCUUCCAUGCUUAAGUCCCGCUACACUAACAAGCAAUAGAUGAAAUAUGGGGGAAUACCUGACACUAGAGAAACCUUUUCAAUAUUACUCCAGAUAUCACAAAAAAUUAAUAGAACAGAUUUUGCAGCAAGAAGCCACAUAUGCAAAAAUAUAGAGUAAGGAACUCCAGUGCCUGGCAUUGUUAACUGACAGCAUUCUUUCAUUCAUAACAGGGACAUAGCAAAGUCUGGUCAACUCGGGAUAACUAAGAGGUAUAAGAAUGUGUGUGUGUGUGUGUGUGUGUGUGUGUGUG